AUGUCGCAGAAAGAGCGACCUGUGAUUUGCCUGCUCCUGCAGCGACAGAACGAUCACCCGUUGGUAGAGGAAUGUCCAAUAGCUGCACGAAUUGGAGACUUGUGUUUGUUUCUCGGUGGAGCAAUCGCUGCGCAAGACGAAGCAUUCCUGGAGGCUAAUGAUAUUCAAGCAGUUAUUGCAUUGGGCACUGGCAAUCUGAUUGGCAAGCCAUGUGACGUGUUACUGAUCGAUAUCCUCGAUAUGGAAGACGAGCUCCUCUUGCCUCACUUUCGAGAGUGCAUCCACUUUUUGAACAAGCACUUGGACAAUGGGGCGGCGGUGCUUGUGCAUUGCGUCCAUGGCCAAUCACGCAGUGCUGCUAUCUGCGUAGCGUAUCUGAUGGCUACACAAGGUCAAACACUACUAGAGGCGUAUGAUGCCGUGCAACAAGCUCGCCAAUGCAUCUCCAUUAAUCCCGGUUUUCUACGGCAACUGGACUUGUUUGAAAGGAUGGGACAUGACUCGGAGGUUAUGGGCAUCACAUCUGCGCAUGCCGAAUUGAGAACGAUGAUGGUGCGACGACAGCGAAUGAAGACGGGAAUAGCAGAUAUCGUUGCUAGUCCGCAAGCCAUAAGACCCGGCCAGUCGGCAUGCUGCCGAAAAUGCAACUACGUGUUGUGUACGACGAGGAAUCAGGUACCGCAUUUAGACUCGGAUGAAGCAAUCAGCGGCGAAGCCUGUGCCGGAAUCUUUAUUGAACCAAUGUCGUGGAUGAUGAGUCAGUCUAGCUUUAUCAGUCGCAACGAUGGCAAACUGCUCUGUCCGUCAUGCAAAGCCAAACUUGGCUCGUGGAACUGGAUCGGUGUCAAAUGCAACUGCAAACGCUUCGUCGCCCCAGCGUUUCAGUUGGUUCCGAGUAAGACGCAGCAGCGUACGCUUUAG